GCUUGAAUCAAAGCACCGCUAAACAAGGGAUCACACACAUUUUUGACAUCCUCAAGAAUAUCAGUGGAAUAAAAGCUCCAUAGACGUGCCUGUUGUGGGGAAGAUACAACUUGCAAAUCACAGCUGAUUAUGCACGAGAGUAUACAAACUGGAGAAAGUCAUAUAAAUACUCUGAAUGUGGCAAAAGCUUUGGUCACAACAGUUUCCUUGUGGUUCAUGGAAGGACCCAGACAGGAGAGAAGAAAUACAAGUGCUCCCAAUAUGAUAAUACUUUAGUGAGCAUGGCAACAUGGUGAUACAUUAGAGGACUCACACCAGAUAGAAAACAUAUAAGUGUCCAGUUUGUGUGAAAGUUUCAUUGAAAUUACCUACUCAUGAGACAACGGAGGACUCAUUCAGGAGAUAAACCCUUUGAAUGUGCUUAUCUGUGGGAAAUGUUUCAGUCAGACUUCCAAAAUGGUGAUACACCAGAAGACUCACACACAGGAAAGAAACCAUAUGAGUGUCCAGAUUGUGGAAUAAGUUUUAUUCAGAAUUCUUUUUUGUUGAGACACCAGAUGAUUCACACAGGAGAGAAACCCUUUGAAUGCCCUAUCUGUGGGAAAGGUUUCAGUCAGAAUUCCCACCUGGUGACUCAUCAGAGGACUCACACAGGAGAGAGGUCUCAAGCAAGAGAGAAACCAUUUGAAUGUCCUGAUUGUGGGAAAAGUUUUGGUCAAAAUUCCCAUCUGGUGACUCAUCAGAGGACUCACACAGGAGAGAAACCCUUUGAAUGUCUGAUUUCAAAAAUUCACCUAGUGAGACACCAGAGAAGUCACACAGGAGAGAAAGCAUAUGAGUGUCCAGACUGUGGAAAGAUUUCAGUACUAAGGAUAGCCUUCUAA